CCAGUGAGACGGGAUAUAUAAAUCGUGCUUAGCUAGGUUGUCGAGUCUCAACCUUGACUUUCAACUUCGCUGUAAGACAUGUCGGACGCUGACUCCAUCAAGUCCACACGCAGUGCACCUCCAAGUUACGACACCGCACUUCAGCAUUUAAUACCGGAAGAAGAAGAAGCAGAAGAAGACCCAAGAGUUUUAAUGGUAGCACCAUUGGCGGUGUUAGCUCCCUCGACCAAUUUAUCGUCUGAUACUCUCACCGCAAGAAACUAUGCAGCUAACGUAACAGAAAGAGGACCAUUUUCAUCUGAUGCCGAAGCAACAGGGCCAUUCACAUUCUCACCCUUCGGUCCAAACACUAUGGUGCUUUUACCCCAUGCGCUCUCUUUAAGUUCUCGUCCUCUAUAUCAUAUCUCUGUCUCGAGCGACUGCUUCAGACCUCAGAUAUUUACCACAACUAUUCGCAGAGGAACAGAGCAAGGCCAAGUCAUUGCAGAAAUACAACGGUCCAUAUUACAGGAUGAUGGUUAUCUCGGGACUGUUGAAUACACAGGUUCAACGGAGCCUAAGAUGGCUUAUCUUGAGGAUAUUCAUAUCCAACGAGGAAAACGCGAAAAGGGGCAAUAUAUAUGGCGUUUUGACAAGGAAAUGCCUCUCCUGUGGCAAACAAGUUUCUUGGGGAAAACAGUGCUUUCCGUCCUGUGCACUCGGUACGGGACCGCGGUGAAGGACCCACCGAUUCUUGCUACAUUCCAUCCAAGCAAACAGAAGGGGCAGCUUCAGACAUUGGAUAUUACAACGGAGGGGCGACCUUAUAUGGACGAUAUUGUAGUUUCAUGCCUUGUAACAGAGGGGAUAAGAUCUACCAAGUGUGGUAGGUGAAGUUUUGAAUUCAGAGAUACCCUCUCGCAUGCAUAUACUGCUGGUAUAUCUACAGAUCUACAUUUAUUGAGCACGUAUGUCCACAGGCGCGGGUGUACUGUCGUCCACCCCGCCCUAGAGAUACCUUGCCAUGCAUACUACCGGAAAAUUCCCUACACUUAUGUAAUAAUCAACAGACGCUGUCGUGUUUAUGCCAUGAGAGCAAUAUAUUUGAGUUCACUGGA